AUGACUCAACUUACCUGGGACCACUCUGGAGCAACCGAUUCCGUUGAACUGAACCCCGCUCAGGCUUAUGGUGAUCAUUCCAUUGGCCUCGCUCCUCUUUUCCAGCCAAAUGCAAUAGCAGUAAUCGGAGCCACAGAUCGCGAUGGAGCCGUCGGGAAGACGAUCGUUCAAAACCUCAUCGACAGCCGAAAGAGUCGCAGUUACGCCAUCUACCCCGUCAAUCCAACCCGAAAGACGAUUUGCGGCCUUCCCGCAUUCCCCGAUGUCUCAGCGUGUCCCACAGCUGUUGACUUGGCAGUCAUUGUCACUCCAUCAAAGACGGUUAAGGGUGUGGUUGAAUCUUGUGGUAAAGCCAAAGUUCCAGCAGUGAUUGUUAUUUCUGCUGGGUUUAAAGAAUUGGGCGAGGAAGGGCUACAACUCGAGAAUGAUGUCAUCGCUGUCGCUCGUCAGUAUAACAUUCGCCUCGUCGGACCAAACUGUCUCGGAAUCAUGGCACCUCAUUGGGGGGUGAACGCGACAUUUGCUGCAACAGAUGCCCUUCCCGGAAGCAUUGCUUUCAUGUCCCAAUCAGGUGCAAUGUGCACUGCUGUGCUUGAUUGGUCACUGAAGGAGCGUGUUGGGUUUUCUGCGUUCGUGUCUAUCGGCUCAAUGGCGGAUAUAAACUGGGGCGAUUUAAUCGACUAUCUAGGAAAUGACCCCCAGACUGAAACCAUCCUGAUCUAUAUGGAGACAAUUGGCGACGCUCAGCAUUUUUUGAGCGCUGCAAAGACCGUCGCUUUGCAUAAACCAAUCAUAGUCAUCAAAGCGGGCCAAACUGAGGCUGCUGCUCAAGCUGCUGCUUCACACACAGGAUCUCUUGCAGGAUCACAUGACGCCUUCCUUGCAGCAAUGAAAAGAGCCGGAGUGGUCGUUGUCGAUAGAAUUGGAGAACUCUUCGAUUGCGCUUUAGUUCUUUCAAAACAGCCGCGACCUCGAGGAGAGAAUCUGCUCAUUAUCACAAACGCCGGAGGACCAGGUGUUCUGGCGACGGACGCAACUGCUCUUUCCGGCGCCACAGUUUGUCCGCUCGAAAAGAAGACGAUUGAGGCUCUCAAUGGAUUUUUGCCGGCCGCUUGGAGUCAUUCCAAUCCUGUGGAUGUGUUGGGUGAUGCCAGUGCUGAGCUGUAUGCCCGAACUAUGGAAGUUGCUCUCGCCGACAAGAAUGCCGAUGGAGUGUUAGUGAUUCUCUCACCACAGUCCGUCACGGAUUCAACUGGUACCGCGAAGAAGGUCAUCGAAGCUUAUCAACGAAUGCGAACUGCUGGAACUUUGACGAAGCCGAUUAUGUGCUCGUGGAUGGGAGGCACUGAAGUCAGCGAGGGUUUUAAUCUCCUCAACGCCAACAGCAUCCCGACGUUCCCAUAUCCAGAUGCUGCAGCACGCACAUUCUCAAAGAUUUGGAGCCACACCAAGCAAUUGAAGGCGAUGUGCUCACCACCCACAAUUAGCGUUGAGCCUUACUGUGCAACGACAAGAAAGGAGAAGGCGCUUGCGAUAAUGAAGGAAGCCAGAGAUCAGGGACGCGAUCUGUUAACAGAAGCAGAAUCCAAGCAGGUGUUGAAGGCGUUUGGGAUUCCAAUCGCUGAAACCGUUGUUUGCUCAACUGUCGAGCAAGCAAUCGAAUGUGGAAAGGAAAUGGGAUUCCCUUGUGUUGUGAAGCUUAACAGCGGAACAAUCACCCACAAAUCUGAUGUCGGUGGUGUUCGAUUGAAUAUCAAGUCGACUGAGGAAAUUCGUGAAUCAUGGAAUAUAAUAAAAGCAAAUGUUGACAAGAUCGGACCUGAUCAUUUCCAAGGUGUUUCAGUGCAGCCCAUGCUGAAGCUUGAAGACGGCAUUGAAUUGAUUCUUGGAUCGAUUGUCGACAAUCAGUUCGGUCCUCUGGUUCUUUUUGGAACUGGUGGCUGUAUGGUAGAAAUCUUCAAGGAUAGUGCUCUUGGGGUCCCUCCUCUUAACUCCACUCACGCGCAAAUCCAGAUCGAACAGACGAACAUUUACAAGGCGUUGAAAGGUGGUCAUGGUCAGCGUUUUCCUGGGGUUGAUGUCGAAGCGUUGAAUAAGGCUCUUUGCAAGUUUUCUCAAAUGGUCUGCGAUCUAUCAGAGUUGAUGGCUGAGUGUGACAUCAAUCCUCUCUUGGCUCUUCCCAAUCGCCUGGUUGCUCUCGAUGCCCGAGUUGUUCUUCGGAAACCAGAUCAACCAGUUCCCUCCUUGGCCAUUCGUCCCUACCCGCAGGAAUACAUUUUCAACAAGUCGGUUGCAGGUAAAAACGUCACUAUUCGCCCAACUUUCGCUAGCGACGCUGGUGCCAUCGUUGACUUCCACAAGAAGCUCUCGAGUGAAACAGUGGCACAUCGCUAUCUCCGCGAAGUUUGCCUUGAAGAAAGAAUUUCCCAACAGAACAUCGUGUCGCUGUCCGAUUCUGACUACGCUCGUCUUAUCGCACUAGCGGUUGUUGAUGACGCUACGAGCGAGGUGCUCGCAAUUGCGCGCAUCGCCCGGUGGCCUUCAUUGCUAACAACAGCCGAGUUAAAGGUACUUGUUCGUGACGACGUCCAGAAAGAAGGAUUCGGUACUGCUUUGCUGCAAUGCGUUUUUGAGGUUGCCAAGCAGGAAAAGAUCAAACGGCUUCAAUGUCUUGUCUUGAAAAGCAACACUGGUUUCCUGAAACUUGCAGGAGAGUUUGCAAUGAAGCUAGAGCCACAUCGCUCAAAUCCAGAACUCCUUCAAUGUCUAUUCGAUUUUUAA